AUGGACUCGGAUGAAGAUGCAUUGAACGAUAUAGACUCUGGAAAUGAAUCUAGUGGAGAUGAUGUGGACUUUGCAAUGGAGGUUGAUGUGCGGCACGAACGUGAAAAAAACCAAGACAUUGAUGAUUUUCCCUUUGAAGUUUUGUCCACAGACAAUAUUGUUCAACACAUGAUUGAUUGCAUCAAAGACGUGAAUACUGUGCUUCAAAUGCCUGCUACAACAACUCGCAUUUUAUUGAAUCAUUUUAAAUGGGACAAAGAAAAGUUAAUGGAACGGUUUUAUGAUGGCGACCAGGAUAAAUUAUUCUCAGAAGCUAGAGUAAUAAAUCCAUUUAAAAGGACUCAACCGAUUAUACAGAGGCCAACGUCUACACGCAGUAGAGGUACUCCUGGAAUGGAAGAUUGUGCUAUUUGCUUUGUAAGGCUUCCAAACAAUAUGAUGACUGGAUUAGAAUGUAAUCAUCGAUUCUGUACACAGUGUUGGACUGAAUAUUUAACAACAAAAAUUAUUGAAGAAGGUGUUGGUCAAACAAUUGCAUGUGCAGCUAGUGGUUGUGAUAUAUUAGUAGAUGAUGCCACUGUUAUGCGAUUAGUCAGAGAUCCGAAAGUUCGAAUGAAAUAUCAACAUUUGAUUACUAAUAGUUUUGUUGAAUGUAACAGAUUAUUACGUUGGUGUCCAUCGCCUGACUGCAAUAAUGUUAUUAAAGCCCAGUAUAUUGAUUCAAAACCAGUGAUCUGCCGAUGUUUGCAUGUAUUUUGUUUUGUGUGUGGAGAAAAUUGGCAUGAUCCUGUUAAAUGUAAUUUAUUAAGGAAGUGGAUAAAAAAGUGUGAUGAUGAUUCAGAAACUUCAAAUUGGAUUGCAGCUAAUACUAAAGAAUGCCCCAAAUGUAAUGUAACUAUAGAAAAAGAUGGUGGCUGCAACCAUAUGGUUUGCAAAAAUCAAAAUUGCAAAACCGACUUUUGUUGGGUAUGCCUUGGCCCAUGGGAACCACAUGGAUCUUCGUGGUAUAACUGUAAUCGGUAUGAUGAAGAAGAAGCUAAAGCUGCUAGAGAUGCUCAAGAAAGAUCUAGAGCCGCAUUACAGAGGUAUCUUUUCUACUGUAAUCGUUAUAUGAAUCAUAUGCAAUCACUUAAGUUUGAACAUAAGCUUUAUGCUAGCGUGAAAGAAAAAAUGGAAGAAAUGCAACAACAUAAUAUGUCAUGGAUUGAGGUCCAAUUUUUAAAAAAAGCUGUUGAUAUAUUAUGUCAAUGUAGACAAACACUCAUGUACACUUAUGUGUUUGCAUACUAUUUGAAGAAGAAUAAUCAAUCAGUUCUUUUUGAGGAUAACCAACGAGACUUAGAAAGUGCUACAGAAACUCUGUCAGAAUAUUUAGAAAGAGAUAUCACUUCAGAAAAUUUAGCCGACAUCAAGCAGAAAGUUCAAGAUAAAUAUCGUUACUGCGAAAGUCGGCGAAAAGUGUUGCUAGAGCAUGUUCACGAAGGUUAUGAGAAAGACUGGUGGGAUUACACAGAAAAGUUGUGA